AUGAACAGCCAUCAAGGGUUGUUACUUUUCCUCGCAUUUUGCACUACUGGUGAAAACGUCGAUGUAAAUACUACAAGUUAUCCACAAACCUUCAUCACUUGGCAUGUCAUGAACAAUAGCACAGACGUACAGUGUGAAGCUGUUCACAGCGUCAACAAAUCGGAGCAAUGUGACUUUGUAACUAAGCAAGAAGACUGCCAAAUUCAAGGUGGCUACCUAGACUACACCCGUUUCGUAUACUGUUAUCUACAUGACUACAAAGUAGCCGGAAUAUUUAUCUUUGUUUUCUGGUUAACAUUUCUGUUUAUCAACAUGGGCAUGGCAGUAAGAGACUUCCUAUGCCCUUCUCUUGAUGCAAUUGCAAGAACUUUACGUCUCAGUGAGAAUGUAGCUGGUGUCACUUUCCUCGCUCUCGGAAAUGGAGCAGCGGACAUAUUUAGCAUUGUUGUGUUAAUGAUCAAAGAAGACAGAAAUCUCUCGUAUGCUGAAACUGCAAUAGGAAGUAUUUUUGGAGGUGGACUUUUUGUUGUAUCUGUGGUUGCAGGAGUUAUUUGCCUCAACUACAAAAUUAAAGUAGAACCUGUCCUAUUUUUUCGUGACAUGGGAACGUACUUGGUGGCUAUUAGCUGGCUGGUAGGAAUGCUAGCAGACGGAAAAAUUGUAACAGGAGAAGCCAUUGGGUUUGUAACUCUCUAUGCACUCUACGUUGUCCUAGUGUUGAUUUCUAAUCAAUGGGAAAAAAGAAAGAAACAACAAGCAGAACGAAAACCUCUCGUUGCUAGUGAUAAAGAGAGACACCAAAAUGAAGGCAUAGCUGAGACAUCAUUUGGUUCUGCAAAUAAAGACACUCCUGCUGUCAAAAGCAACGAAAAAGUGGCUGACGUGGAAGAUUCUCUGGCAACUUUACCAGGCGAAACUGUGAAAAACCAAUCCCAGUUAGAUCAGAAUAAGAAUCAAACAGAUAUGUUAAACAUGUGCAGCCAGCAAUGUCAAGACUUCUGGAAAGCACUGUGGCCUUACAGUAAAUCAACCUUUACUCUCAACAGGUGGUAUUAUAUUGUACUUGUCAUCACAGAAGCACCACUAAGAAUUUUCUUAACAUUGUCAAUUCCAGUGGUGAACUAUACUAAACCACCUAAACAUUGUUGGAACAGGCUGCUCAUAAUGUGUAACCUUCUACUUGGUCCAGCAAUUACAACGUAUGCAUUUGAAGGAUUUUUUCAAGAACUAUACAGCCAUGUCUAUGUUGGACUAAUAGUACUUGGUGUAUCCAUGCUGGUUGCUAUUUUAGUAGCUGCGACAUCUUACAGCGACCAUCCACCAUCUUAUCAAUGGGUUUUUGCAUUUCUGGCAUUUCUAAUGUCGGUAGUAUGGAUCUAUAUUAUCGCCAACGAAGUCGUCAAUGUCUUGGAGACAUGUGGAAUUGUUCUACAACUCACUGGUGCUUUCUUGGGGUUGAUUAUUCUGGCAGGCGGGAACAGCGUUUGUGAUUUUGUAACAAACGUUGUUGUAGCAAGAGAAGGAAAACCUCAAAUGGGAUUUGCGGCGAGUUAUGGAGGUCCACUUUUGAAUGUACUGAUGGGAGUUGGAGUGGGAAGUCUUGCAGCAGUUGCAAAACAUGGAGGAAGCUACACGGUCAAGCUUACGCACCAGUUAAUCAUAGCGAUUGCGUUUUUAUUGUUUUCCAUUGUGACGGCCAUGGUUGGUGUAACACUAGGUAGCUUCACUGCACAUCGCAUGCUUGGUGCAGUACUACUGACAACCUACAUUGCGUGUUUUAUUGUAAUCACUUCCAUUGAGUUCUCUUGAAUAGUUUCAUUAUCUCUCAAUAAUAAUUUCAUUAGUGAAAGUAAUCAUAAACAAAAGGAAUUAAAUGACUUGAUUACAAUUAUGAUAUUGUCUAGUUUAUUGUUUAAUUAUAUCCACAAAUUAUUUCUCCUAGAUAAAUUGUUUCUAGUGUCCUAGCUGGGAAUAAAGAA